AUGUCUUCUAUGAUCACGACCACGGCCUGGGUGCGACGAGGUGUCGCUGCCCAGUUCCCCGUUAAAUAUGAGAUCGACGAGAAGGAGAUGAACCGGAUAUCCAAACUUGCCCGCAUGCAACUUGAGGAUGCUCAAGACGAGCUGAACGCUGCUAAGGAAGGCAAAGUGGACGAUGAUGAUGAGGAGAAUGCGGCUAUGGAUGAAGACAAAGAGGAGACUGGUGCUAGUGUGACCGAGGAGAAGACCAAAGACGUCAACGAGCCCAAGUCAGCUGAUGACGAUGACGUCUUGAAAGAGUUCGAUAUGGACAACUAUGACAACGAUGAAGUCGACGAUGGCGGCGAGAGGGCUACUAUGUUCGGCAACGUCCAGUCAUUGGCAUACCACCAACCUCAUGAGGAGGACCCUUACCUCGUCAUCCCCGAGGAUGAGGAAGAUGAGGAACGCGAGGAGCUUCAAAUUAUGCCCACAGACAACCUUCUUUUGUCCGGAAAGGUCGAGGAUGAGGUUGCGCACCUCGAAGUUUACGUCUACGAAGAUUCAGCCGACAACCUCUACGUUCACCACGACAUCAUGCUUCCUGGCAUUCCCCUUUGCCUAGAGUGGCUUGAUAUUCCCGUUGGAAAGAAUACCGAGGGCAAAGAUCAGGGUAACUUCGUCGCUGUGGGAACCAUGGAGCCCGAUAUCGAGAUCUGGGAUCUCGACGUCGUGGACAGCAUGUACCCUAAUGCCAUCCUGGGCCAGGGCGGCCAGGAGGACCAGUCUAAGAAGAAACAAAAGAAGAAGAAGAGUAAGGCCAACGAUGAGUACCACAUUGACGCCAUUCUGGCCCUGGCGGCCAACCGUCAACACCGCAACCUGCUGGCCUCUGCCUCCGCCGACCGCACUGUGAAGCUUUGGGAUUUGAAUACCACCACCUGCGCCAAAUCCUACUCCCACCACACCGACAAGGUCUGCUCGCUCGACUGGCACCCCCAGGAGUCCACCGUCCUGCUCAGCGGUUCCUACGACCGCACCAUCGUGGCCGCCGAUAUGCGAGCACCCGAUGCCAAGGCCCGCUGGGGCGUCGACACCGACGUUGAGGCCGUGCGCUGGGACCCUCACGACCCCAACUUCUUCUAUGUCAGCACCGACGGCGGCAUGGUCUACCGUUAUGACAUCCGUAAUGUGCCCACAACCCCAGCCGAGUCCAAGCCCGUCUGGUCCCUGCAGGCACACGACUCCUCCGUCUCUUCCUUCGACAUCAACCGCACCAUCCCCGGCUUCCUGGUUACCGGAUCCACAGACAAAGAAGUCAAGCUGUGGAACGUCGAGAAUGACAGGCCCAGCCUGGUCGUCACCCGCAAAUUCGACGUCGGCAAGGUCUUCUCUACCGCCUUUGCCCCGGACCCCGAAGUCAGUUUCCGUCUGGCGAUCGCCGGAAGCAAGGGUGUUGUGCAGAUUUGGGACGCCUCGACUAACGCUGCCGUGCGCCGUGCUUUCGUCUCGCGUAUGCCUGAGUUCGAGGCCCCUGUCACCGAGCGCUUUAUCGGCUUGAGCAAUGACGACGAUGUCUCCGAUGAAGGUGAGGAGCCCGCUGAUGGAGAGGCCGGGCCCGAUGGCUGGGAGUCCAUGGAUGAGGAUUAG